CGUCUCUGCCAUUGGCCAAUAGGAGCUGUCGUACGUACUUUUUUUUUUUAUUGGCGUACACAAGCUAACGCUGCAUUUCGACGGCAACGUAGCAACGUUAAAAUCUUGAAUUUUGCUCCUCUACUGCUGAUUUUAAGGAUACAACGACAAGAUGAUCGAAGUGGUGUGCAACGAUCGUCUGGGCAAGAAAGUCCGGGUAAAGUGCAACUCUGAGGACACCAUCGGAGACCUGAAGAAGCUCAUUGCAGCUCAGACGGGGACGCGUUAUGACAAAAUAGUCUUGAAGAAAUGGUACACCAUAUUCAAGGACCACGUGUCACUGGGCGACUAUGAGAUCCACGAUGGCAUGAACCUGGAGUUGUACUACCAGUGAAAGCAAGGCUCAAUUGGUUUGGAAAUGACAUCAUUAGAAUUGACCAGGACAAAAAAAUAAUCUGAGCGUCAUGUUGUGAUUUUUGUUUUUUAAAUAUAUUUUGGAAAUAAAGUGGUUAUUUACCCAC